AUGCCAGAUAGAGAAUCAUCAAUUUACAUUCACGAUUAUGUUAGACCCGAAAAAUCAGAAAUUGAUUUAAGACGCGAAACGAUAGUGUCCACACGAACUAACAACACAUCAUCACCACCACGUCACCGUUAUACUCCACCAAAAAUAGGAAACCCAACUCCAUUGGGUCUUUCCGCAUUUGCAUUGUCAGUGAUGGUGUUAUCUUUUUAUGAUUGUCAUGCAUUUGGUAUUCAUAUCCCUAAUGCUGCUGUUGGUGUCUCGUUAUUCACUGGUGGCGUAGUUCAAUUUGCCGCUGGUAUGUGGGAAUUCAAAGUUGGAAAUACAUUUGGCGGAACUGGUUUCAGCGCAUUUGGCGGUUUCUGGGCUUCAUUUGGUGUCUUAUAUCUUGACUCGUUUGGGAUUAAACAAUCAUUUCAAGAAAGUGACGGCAAUCUAGACGGUUAUAAUAAUGCUUUGGGAAUUUAUGGAGCUGCGUGGACAAUUUUCACAUUCAUCUUCACGUUAGCAUGUCUCCGCACAAACAUGGGCGUAUUGUCAGCAUUCGUAUUUUUGACUGGUGAUUUCUUCUUUUACACGCUUUUUCAAUUCACUCAAGUCGCCCUUUUUGGAAUUAUUUCUGGAAUACUUGGACUUAUUUGCAGCUCAAUAGUAUGGUACUGCUUCGCGGCUGUACUUUUGACGCCAGAUCUAUCACCCAUUAGUCUACCACUCUGGGAUUUGAGUAGAAAACACAAUUAA